AUGCAGGAGAACUACGAGACGGUGACCUCGCUGGGAUUUCCCAUUCCCAAACCUGAGCUCAUUGUCCAGCUGGAACGAGGGGAAGAGCCGUGGGUGCCAGAUCUCCAGGCCUCGGAGGAAAGGGAGAUCUCGAGAGGCACUCGCACAGCAGGAGAGAGACCCCAUAAGUGCGUGGACUGUGGGAAAAGUUUCACACAGAGAUCAUAUCUUAUAACACAUCAGAUGAUCCACACAGGAGAGAGACCCCUUAAGUGCUUAGACUGUGGAAAAAGUUUCAGAGACAGAUCAGCCCUUGUUAAACAUCAGGCAAUCCACACAGGAGAGAGACCCCAUAAGUGCUUAGACUGCGGGAAAAGUUUCAUUCAGAGGUCAGACCUUGUUAAACAUCAGGCAGUCCACACAGGAGAGAGACCCCUUAAGUGCUUAGACUGUGGAAAAAGUUUCAGAGACAGAUCAGCCCUUGUUAAACAUCAGGCAAUACACACAGGAGAGAGACCCCAUAAGUGCUUGGACUGCGGGAAAAGUUUCAUUCGGAGGUCAGAUCUUGUUAGACAUCAGGCAUUCCACACAGGUGAGAGACGCCAUAAGUGCGUCGACUGUGGGAAAAGUUUCACACAGAGAUCAUAUCUUAUAAUACAUCAGAGGAUCCACACAGGAGAGAGACCCCAUAAUUGCUUGGAUUGUGGGAAAAGUUUCACAAACAGGUCAGCCCUUGUUAGACAUCAGGCAAUCCACACAGGAGAGAGACCCCAUAAGUGCUUGGACUGUGGGAAAAGUUUUAUACAGAGAUCACACCUCAUUAAACAUGGGAGAAUCCACACAGGAUCUAAACUUCUGUGA